AUGGGUGUCCUCUGCCGGUUCCGUCAGGAGGCUGUGGCCCUGACAUGUGAUGUACAAGGAAUGUUCCACCAGUUCUUCGUCAACGAGGCAGACCGAGACCUCAGAUUCUUUUGGCGGAGUGACGGUGAUUUAAAGAACGAAGCAGAAGAGUAUCGCAUGAAGGUACACUUGUUCGGUGCAGCUUCGUCGCCAGGAUGUGAAAAUUUUGCCUUCAAAAGAGCUGCCGAUGAUGGAGAGGAGGAGUUCGGUUCAGAAGCUGCAGACUUCAUGAGAAGAGACCUCUACGUUGAUGAUGGACUGAAGUCUGUGAAAUGUGUUGACACAGCCGUCAACCUCAUUAAGAACUGUCAAGCCAUGUGUGCAAAAGCAGGCCUUAGGUUGCAUAAGUCUAGCAGCAACAAGAAAAAAGUUAUCCAAGCCGUUCCACCUGAAGAUCGCGCAAAAGGACUUAAUUGA